UCAGAGAAUCAAAAUCCUCCAGUUCCCGUCAUCAACUCCGGAGUCAAUGUGCUUAUCAUCGUCGUCGUCGUCGUCGUCAUCGAUAUUUUCAGUUUGAGGUCGUAUUGUUACAGUGUAUGUCUUCAAUAAAAACAAAGAAAUAAGUCACCAUCAGUUGCGAGUAACAGAGAGAGAGAGAGAGAGAGAGAGAGAGAGAAUUUGGAGGCCGAAGAUGCGAGGAGAAUGUGGAGGGAAAUUGGAGGCAGAGAAGCGGGGAAGAUCCGCCCAAAUUCUUUCGUUAAUCGCAUUAAAUCCGAUCGAAUUUCCUCUCUUCAGCUCUCCAAUCACAAAGAAAUCGUUUCUCCUCACAGAGGCUCCGUUAAUUCCCUUCAGGUUGAUUUAACAGAGGGACGUUAUCUGUUGUCCGGUGCAUCUGAUUCAUCAGCUGCUGUUUAUGAUGUUCAACGGGCCACAGAUUAUGAAGGCGGUGGCCUUAUUGCGAAGCACAAGUGCAUAUUCAGUGUCGACAAGCAGCAUGAACAUGGACAUAAGUAUGCAGUCUCCUCGGCCAUAUGGUAUCCUAUUGACACUGGGUUGUUUAUCACAGGUUCAUAUGAUCAUUACAUUAAAGUCUGGGAUACUAAUACCACACAGGUGGUUAUGAAUUUCAAAAUGCCUGGAAAAGUUCACAGGACGGCCAUGUCUCCAUUGGCAACAUCUCACAUGCUAAUUGCUGCUGGAACUGAAGAUGUUCAAGUGCGCCUUUGUGAUAUUCAUUCAGGGGCAUUUUCUCACACACUGUCUGGUCACCGUGAUGGCAUUAUGACUGUGGAAUGGUCUACUUCCAGUGAGUGGGUCUUGAUAACGGGGGGAUGUGAUGGUGCAAUACGUUUUUGGGACAUUAGACGUGCUGGAUGUUUUCUUCUUCUGGAUCAGUCCCGGUCUCAGCUUGGGAGACGGCCACCUCUUCUAGAUCACUCAGUCCAAAACAAGGUUUCAGUAUUAAAGGCCGUGUCAGCAAGUCAAAAUUUGCAUGCGAAACCUAAACCGCCACAUAGGAAAUCUGCAAAUGGGCAUGCUGUGAAAGAAUCAUAUAUUGGUCGAAUUCCUGCCAAGGGAUCUACUCGGCAGAGAUUACAUCCUGGAAUGUUGUCUACUCUGGAUAGAGCAACUGCUCAUUAUGGUGCUGUUACUGGUCUUAAAAUAACUGAUGACGGGAUGUAUCUACUAAGUGCAGGGUCAGAUUCAAGAAUUAGAUUGUGGGAUGUUGAAUCUGGUUGCAACACACUUGUCAACUUUGAAACUGCACGUCUACAAACUAGCAAAGCAAUUCAGUUAGCUACUAAUCAUAAUUCAGCGCUUGCUUUUGUCCCGUGCAUGACAACUGUGAAAGCAUUUGACAUUUGGUCAGGAAAAACAUCUCUGACACUUCGUGGCCACUAUGAAUCUGUGAACUGUUGCUGGUUUAAUUCACAGGAUCAGGAACUGUAUACGGGUGGCAAUGAUCGGAAAAUUCUUGCCUGGUCACCUGCUAGACUGAUUUCCAAGGAUAUGGUAUACACGAUGUUCCCAGCCAAGAUCAGGAUGAUUGGAGCGAUUGACACACAUGUCUGCAUCCAUUUGUUCAGGAGAUUUUAAGCGCCAAGUUGAUUUCUGUUUUAUGUGUUUGUAUAAAGCAAGCUUGCAAUUUUAGUAUCUUUUUCCCUAGAUAUGCUCCUGGUGUUGAUUACAGGAGCCGAAGGUUUUGUUUUCCCUAAGGGAAAUACUGUUGUAUUACCAUUUUCAUAAUGUAUGGAGAAAUUGACUACUAGUUUUUCUGGACUUA